AUGGCGACUGUGUCAGUUCAUGCUCUGAGCUCCGGCCACCUCACGAUUCCUGAACGAUUCUUUGUGGUUCCAGCGGACCCUGUCGCCAAACGAACAGUGCCUUCCUUGUCUUUCUUGAUACAGCACAAAGAUGUGGAAAGCGAAAAAGUCACACGAAUCGUCUUCGACCUGGGUAUGAGACGGGAGCUCGACCUCUACCCGCCAGCGUUGAGUGCUCACCUCGCCAACCGAAGACCUGUCUCUACGCAUCCAGACGCGGUUGCUUCACUAGCAGCUGGAGGUCUCCACGUGAAUGACAUCGACUACGUGAUAUUCAGCCAUGUGCAUUACGAUCACGUUGGUUAUCCCAAGGAUUUCGAUGACGACAAGACCAAGUUCAUCGUGGGCAAUGGUGCACUUGAUCUUCUCAGUGGGAAGACGCAAUUCGACUUGGGGAAGCAUGCAGUCUUCGAACCAGAUCUGCUCCCGCUGGAACGGACGAUAGAGUUACCUCCCCCAGAUGGUGGUGGUAACUCACAGUUCUCAUGGAAAUCCUUUGCAACCUUUCCACAUGCGAUCGACUUCUUCAAUGACGGCAGUGUCUAUAUUGUCAAUGCACCAGGCCACCUCCCGGGACAUAUCAAUCUCUUGUGCAAGAUCUCCAGCCAACCGUCCAAAUUUGUUUGCCUAGCCGGGGAUGCGUGCCACGAUGUCCGACUGUUGACGGGGGAGUGCGACAUAGCGACGUGGACGGAUGAGACAGGGAGGUACUGCUGUAUGCACGUGGACAUCCCCAGGUCAAAGGAGACCCUGGCUCGACUGUACGCGGCCUCGAAGGAGGGAUUCACAGUGGAGGGAGAGGAGACCCCGGCAGAGUUUGAAGUCAUCUUUGCACAUGACUUUGCGUGGGAAGAGAGGGCGGUCAAGGAAAAGAAGUUCUGGCCGGGGAAAUUAUGA